GCUUCACGCCUGAGCAAACAGCCCAGCAGCGGAACAGGGACGUUGGUGCUGGGGAUGUCUGGCGGUGCUGGCAGCCCUAUAUAAGGGACAGAGCUGAGCAAAGCCUGGCAGAGCAGGAGCAUCCUCCUAGACAGCCAGGAGAUGUUGGCCACCCUCACCCUCUUCCUGGGGCUGCCCCUGGCCCUGGCCACCGAGCCCCAAAGCUGUGCCCCGCUUGUCCCGAUCACCUUCGACAACACCACCAUCCCUCAGAUCCUGGGACAGUGGUUCUACAUCGCCGGAGCCUCCAGGUAUCCCCCUCACCUGGCAGAGCUGAGGGCAGUGACAUUCGCGGCUUUUUCCUUCUCUCCAGGCAGCCACGAGGAUGAGCUCAACUGCACCGAAAUCAUAAGAAUGAAUGAGACAUGUGUGGUGAAGAACUCCACGAUCCAGGUCUUCCAGCAGAACUCCACCAUGGCACAUGUUGAAAACGGGGUGGUUUCCAUGGCCAGACUGAUCCAAAGUGACAAAGACCUGCUGAUCCUGAACCACAUCAACAUUGACUUCCCAAGUCUGAGUCUCUCAGCACGGACACCCAAUGUGAGCAAGGAGCACAUGGAGGAGUUCAAAGCCCACCUGCAGUGCCUGGGCUUCACUGAGGACGAGGUGUUCCACACUUCCAUAGAGCAUGCCUGUCCCCUGCCCGGGGGUGAAGACAAUGCAGAUCCUCAGCUGGGGUAACCCCCAUGGACUGGGUCAGCUGCUCCAUCCUCAUCCUCCUCCAGGCUCAGCACCGCCUCAGAACCUUUAUCCUAUCCAUGUUUUGGUUUUUCCUCCUGGAUUAAACACCCAGUUUCACUGUUCUCAACUGGGCCCAAAAUAAACUAUAUUUCAA